GAUCACUUGCAGCACCGCGACCACGGCAGUCAACAGUAGAAUUAUUUUAGUCCAUGACCCAAUGAACAUUUUACAUUGAGAUCUACAUGUUUGUUUACAUCGUCCUGCUUCUGCAAUCAGACGGGCAAGGGUCGACCUUCACUUAUCAGUUAGACGGUGUCUCCCCCGAUUAACGUGGGCGUAUGCGCGUGCGCCGUGAACGCACUACUAGGCCACCGAUGCUGACUCAUCCCUGGCGAUCUUCGCGUCUUAUCAACAGUCGAUUCAUUCGUCGUUCGGCUCUUCUCUGGUCAAAGUCGGCCAACUGAUUUUCUCUACGUUUCGUCGUUAAUUCGCCUAAACAUGGCAGGCGGACGGCUAAUCGGAAUUAGCUGUUUUAUUUUAUUGAUGUUCCUUUGUACUUUGACAUCUGCCUUUUACGGAAGGACACAGGACGAGGACUUAUUUGUGCUUGACCACGAUGACGACUCAUCAGCCAUGAACCGUCUAGUACCGAUUAGGAAUAAAAGAGACACUGCUGAAAACGAGGACAUCAAGACAAAGGUGUCCAAGAUCAAGAACUCUCGCCAGCAGUUGGUCGUCCACUGGUCUGGCCAGGGCUCCAAUAUCAUGAUAUGCCUGGCGAAGAGCUUCGAGCCUCCCAAGUUUAAGGAGAAGCCUGCACCGUCCGGAGUGUACAUCUCGUACGACGCCGGAGGCUCAUUUCAGAAUAAGAUGGACCAUUUCAUGGUUGAUAACACCACUUUUGCUUCCGUUGACACUUUCUUUAGUCACAAAAGAGAAAAGCGAUUCAUUAUAUUUGUUGACAAGUUCAAUAAGGUAUUGUACCUUACGAAAAAUUACUUGAAGGAUAUUACGAGGAAGAAACUUGACUUUUCUCCAAAUAAAAUUCUCUACCACCCCGACACUCCAUAUAUAUUUUUAGUCCAUGAUAACGACAAAAAGCUUUACAUAACAAGAGAUUUCGGAGAAUCAUUCACCCUCGCACAAGUUAUGGUCAAGAGUUUCUUCUGGGCGGAGAAAUGGAAGGACACUUACAGUGACACUCCAUCCAGGACUCUGCUUGUUCAGAGGAUCGAAUCAAAUUCAUCGGCUAUCAUAGCGCUUAAAGAUGUCGCCAAUGAAAGGAUAAAUGUUGUACCGAUAAGGCAGGAAGUUGAGCAAUUCUCUGUUGCCGGAGAUUUUAUUUUCACCUCUAAAAGAUUGUCCCCUGGUAAGAAUGAAGUGUAUAUAUCCUACCAAGGUGGUGAAUUCCUCAAAGCAGAAUUUGAUUCCAAUCUUGACUGUGCUGGCUUUUAUGUUGCUGAUGUGACCGAAAGACGUAUUCUAAUGGUCAUAGCUCACACAGAAACCCUCUCAAAUAUUUUUGUUUCGGAAUAUAAGAGUGGAGUGAAAAAGUACUCAUUCAGACUCAGCCUGGAAAGAGUUUUUGCGUACAUCCCUGAUGUUAUGUGGAAGACUUCUUGGCUCAAUGUGGUAACUGAAAAAGCUUUUGCUGACGUUUACAAAGUGCAGGGUAUGAAGGGAAUUUACAUUGCUUCUCAAAUGCAAGAAUCAAUACCGGAAAGUGAAAUAAAUACUGCACAUUUGACAAGUGUUAUUACAUACGAUUGGGGUGGUGAAUGGAACCUGCUGGAUCCUCCUGUUUACAAUGAACAUUUUGUACCUUAUAAAUGUCAUGUUAACGAAAGCUGUUCUCUUCAUGUCGCUCAGAAAUUCAACAACUUGUAUCCCAUUACUCGUUCUCUUCAAAUAUUAAGUUCUGCUUCAGCACCAGGAAUUAUAAUUGCAAUUGGUUUCAUUAAAAAAGCAGAAAAAGCUGGCAUCGUAAUAAGCAGAGAUGCUGGCCUAACCUGGUACAAAGUAUUGCAAGAAAACUACUUGUUUAGUAUGGGAGAUCAUGGAGGAAUUCUAGUCGCAGUCAAAUCGUUCAGUAGCUCUGGACCUACUAACGAAAUACUUUACUCACUCGAUGAAGGUGAAACUUGGCAAAAACACAUUUUCAUACAAUCACCUAUUAAAGUUUACAUAUUAAUGACGGAACCGGGAGAAAAUACUACGGUGUUUACUUUAUUUGGCACUGAUCCUGCUUCACAGGAAUGGCAUAUCGUGACCAUCGAUUUUAGAAAUGUUUUCAAAAGCAACUGCACUGACAAAGACUUAAAAGAUUGGUAUCCUUCAAGUAAAACGUCUGUCAAAGCUGCAUGUGUUUUGGGACGAAAAGAAACAUACAGAAGAAGGUCAAGGCAUUCCAAAUGUUAUAUGGGUGCAGAUUAUGAUCAACCAAUAUCUACAAUACCAUGUGCCUGUGAUUUUGAUGAUUUUGAGUGUGAUGUUGGUUUCAUAAGACACCUCGCUUCCCCUGACUGUAUAAGAAAUAAAACUGACUCUUCAGAUCCUUACCGUGUACCAGAGACUUGUAAACCUGGAGAAUUUUAUAAUAGGACUAAAGGCUACAGAAAAAUUGAUGACGACGCCUGUUACUUGACAGAACAGAGCCGAACAUAUUUACCAGACAAGUUGCCCUGUCCUUUAAGCGAGAAGACGCAGUUUCUUCUUGUAGCUGCAAAAGAUAAAAUUAUAAGAGUGGAUCUGGUCAGUCACAAUCAUGAAAUUCUACCCGUUAAAAAUCUAAGAAAUGUUGUUGCCAUCGAUUUUGACAUAAAGGAUAAUUGCGUUUAUUUUGCUGACAUUGGCGACAAAAAAAUUGGAAGACAGUGCCUUUCUUCUGGCAAAGACGACAUUGAAUAUUUAGUCACGGAUGUAGCACUGCCUGUGGAAGGCAUUGCAUUGGACUGGCUUUCAAAUAUGCUGUAUUUCGUCAAUGGUAAGCAGGCAAAGAUAGAAGUGAUCAAAACUGAUGUACCUCACGUGAGAAAAAUGAGAAAAACCAUUCUUAAUGGAACGGUUCUGGGAAAACCCCGUGGUAUUGCUAUACAUCCAGUAGCAGGGUAUAUAUUUUGGACAGAUUGGUCAGAAAACAAACCUUCUGUAAGCAGGGCUCAACUCGAUGGUGAAAAUAUAAAAAACCUAUUUGUAGCCCCAACUGUUGUUUGGCCAAAUGGAGUUAGCAUAGAUUUUAUAGGAGAACGUAUUUAUUGGGUAGAUGCAAAGUUAGAUUACAUCGCUUCUGCUAAUCUAGAUGGAAAAUACAUGAGAAAAGUUGUCAAAAGCUCAAUUAUACACCCUUAUUCAGUUGCUGUUUUUAAGGAUGAUAUAUUUUGGGAUGAUUGGUCUCUGGAAAGCAUUUUUUCUACGGACAAGGAUGGGACAGAAGCAACACCUGCUAUAAGGACUGUUCUUGACAAAUUUCGAGGACUCAUGGACUUAAAGGUGUAUGAUCACAGCUCUCAGCAAGGUUCAAAUGCCUGUUCGAAUAAAAGUGUCAAAUGCUCCCACUUGUGUUUUGCUGUUCAAUAUGACGUUGCUAGUUGUGGUUGUCCUGACGGCUUGGUUUUAAGUAAAGGCGGAUGUAUGUGCCCGGGUGGCAACAAACCUCUGUUUAACGACCAAUGUUCUUCUCCAGUGAACAAAUGUUCGCAACAACAAUUUACAUGCACAAUUAACAAAUCGUGCAUCCCCAAUACAUGGGUGUGUGAUGGAGAUAAAGAUUGUGCCGAUGGCUCCGAUGAGAUGAAUUGCCCCAAAGUUUGUGAUAUUACAAUGGUCAAAUGUAAUACAACUAAUGAGUGUAUUCCCAUUUCUUGGAAGUGUGAUGGUGAAAACGAUUGCAAGGACCGUAGCGAUGAAACAGAUUGCAUUAAGCGCCAUUGCAGAACAGAAGAAUUUUCAUGCGCCAACAAUAAUUGUGUAUCAAAGAAAUAUGUGUGUGAUGGAGAUGAUGACUGUAAAGAUGGCUCUGAUGAGGUGGGAUGUAAGCAUGAAACACCGACAGACUCGAUCUGCUCGUCGGAAACCAGUUUUAAAUGUAACAACCAACAAUGCAUUCCCAAAACAUGGAUUUGUGAUGGCGAAAAAGAUUGUACCGAUGGUUCAGAUGAGAAAAAUUGCACGAACAAUAAAUGUGAAGAUUUUCAAUUCAGGUGCAAAAUAACAAAUCACUGUAUAAUCACAGAUUGGGUAUGUGAUGGAGUCAGCGACUGUGGUGGUAAUGACACUUCGGAUGAGUCUAAUUGCACACACACAGACCACAACAACCCAACACCCCCUAUUAUUAAUUGCUUGAAUAACAUGUUCGUCUGCAGUAAUGGUAAAUGCGUGCCAAACGGGUGGAAAUGCGAUGGCAUUAAUGAUUGUGGAGAUAUGUCAGAUGAACUGGGAUGUUCAGCAAGCAGAAAAGAAAUUUAUACAAUGCCUGUUACUGAUAAACCACACGAAUGCAGCCGGUCCCAGUUCUUAUGUGAAGAUGGAGAGUGUAUACAACAAUCUUGGGUGUGUGAUGGUCGAAAGGAUUGCAGAGGAGGAGAAGACGAAGCCAACUGUGAAAGUAAUAUGUCAUGCCACAACUCAACUGAUGUAUUCCACUGUCGACACACACAAUCAUGCAUUAAAAAAUCAUUAGUCUGCAAUGGCAAGAAAGACUGCUUAGAUGGAACAGACGAGGAAGAUUGUCACUUCAAUGCAACUGUAGAUCGAGCAAUUAAGUGUGAUGAAGGAUAUUUCCUGUGUGAUCACAGAUGUCUACCAUUGGAGCAAAUGUGCAACAGUAUGCAGGACUGUAAUGGCCAUUCUGACGAGAAAAACUGCACAGCUGCACGUUUCUAUCAAGUUCAACGUAUAGCCUUGGACGAAUACGGCAGGACAGACACUUCCAUACGUGUCUACUGGUUGUUAAAUUCAGUUAGUAACGUCACACUCCUGUUCCUCCCUUCAAUCAAGUUGAUACCAAAUGAUAACACCAAGCCUGGCUGGAAAAACCACACCGAAUGGAUUAAUGAAACUUCAUUUGUCUUCAAUGAUUUAAUACCUUCACAUACGUAUAAUAUAACUGUUUAUGUCAAAAGCGUAGCAAAUGACACAACUUAUCCCCCAAGUAUUUAUAUCAGCGCUGGAACUCUGGAUUCAUUGCCUUCUCCGCCUUGGAAUUUUACUGUUAAACAAAAAUCCCUGUAUGAAAUGGAAGCUAGUUGGAAUCCUCCAGUUCAUGAGAAUGGACAAAUCAGGUUUUACCAUGUUUUCUCAACCCCGCCACUUCCACCAGCAAAAACAAUUGUUAACGGUGGUCAGCACUCAACAAAGAUUUCUGGUUAUUUCACACCUGGAACCUACUACACGUUCUGGGUUGAAGCAGUAAAUACAGUUGGGUCAUCUAACUCUUCCCAGGUGUUUAAUCUAGUGAGCGAUAAUGACGCAAAUGUUCAAAUUGUCACUAAUUUAAGAGAAGAUAUGUCCAAACCAAAAAACCAUACUGCAGUCGCUUUGAAAUGGGAUGGCAUUUCAAAUAGCACUAAAUACAGAAUUACAGUAACAACUCCUCCUCCAUAUCCAAAAUUACCAUCGAGGACAACUAAUGAAACACAUUUUACUGUUAACGAUUUGGCACCUGGUGUUGAUUACCAGUUCCAUGUGAAUGCAUACGUCAAAGAAUACCAUGGUCCAAUAUCCACCAUCACUGUUACUACACCAGGUGAAGAACUUCCGAUCGUGCCUGGGCUGUCGGUCACUGUGGCAAAGCACGUUGAAACUUCGGUCAGUUUGAAAUGGGAUGCACCAAAACCCAACGUAUACAAUGCAAUGUGGGUUUAUGGCAUUUAUUAUGGAUUGGACACUAACGAGUUGAUGGAAGGACCCAAAGGCAAUACGACAAACAUGAGUUUGACUUUGGUACAUCUCCAGGCCUGCUCUAAGUACAUGUUCGAUAUCGGUGUUAUCGGACCUUUGGGUAAAGGGCCCUUAACCGCUACUCCGAUUAUUGUCACAACAGGUCACGAUAUAAAGGCUCCGCCUAAGAACCUUAAGGUCACUUCAAGUACGCAUAAUGAUACUUUAAUGGAGAUAACUUGGAGCUCUUCUUGCUACAUCAUGGCCGAACCGAUACGUUAUAUUAUUUGUAUACAUGAUCAAAUCCUAGAUAGGCCAUCAUACAUAACACUCUUCCCUUCCAAUGAUACUGAAUUUUCACACACUCUGAUUGUAGAAUAUGGAUCAAGGUACAAAAUUUGGGUUCAAACUGAGACAGGCAUGCCUAGCAAAGCAGUUGAGUAUUGGGCACCGUUUUUACCAACACCUCAUCAAAUUCGUGCGCAGGUGGAGUCGGACGUUUACGUGAUUUACUGGAACCUUCAUAACAAUUUGCAACACAUGCCAUCGCAUAAGUUUGAAAUUCUGGUAUCUGAAGGACCUACUUUUAAUGAAACGACUGCAAAGGUCUAUAUUGCAGACAGUUCACCUUAUAAAUGUAAUAACAUGAAAUUUGGUCUUAUAUAUUCGAUCGCUAUCCGAGUCUUAUCCGAUAGCGGCUAUCGGUCUCCAUUAUCUGAGAUCACAUCAGUAGCAGUUUCUAUCGAGAGUACGACAAAUAGCAGCAGCACUGCUACAAAAGUCUUUUCCAUUAUUAUACCAAUCACUUUGGUCAUAGUCCUGGGUGUUGCUAUUUUGACCGUGUUCCUAGUACGACAUCGCAGGAUGCAAAAUUCAUUUUCAUCGCUUGCUAACAGCCAUUACAACACGCGGUCUGGUGCAGCCACCUUCACGACAGAUGGCUUUGGAACUUUUGAUGAUGAUUCCCCUGUGAUACGUGGCUUCUCAGAUGACGAACCUCUAGUAGUUGCUUAAGUAGGUUUCACUCUGUGAUAAUUUUAAUUUUGUACCAUGCCGUAAGUA